AUGGACUUUUCAGAAUGGGGCAGCCCAAGCGAGGAGUGGAUGACGUUUGCGCGGGCUCAUCCAGAGCUGGUUGCACGUGAGUGGGAUAGGCCACCAGAGCAACUGCAAGCGCGGUUCAACACCGUGAGGACGAAUCUUUCCAAGACGCUCCUGGCACAGACAGGGCUGUGGAAACUGAUCGCCACGCAAGACUACGUGGUCCCAACUCGCGAUGGCCAGUCUAUAAAGAUACGAGCAUACCGACCCAAGCACUUGGCCACCGCGGUCUUGCCCACGUACAUACACAUCCAUGGUGGUGGGUUUCUUUUCGGCUCUCUGGAGACUGAGAGAUACAACUGCACGUCGAUCUCAAUGACGUUGUCCAUCUGUGUCGUCCACAUAUGCCACCGACACACGCCUCACGUAAAGGGGUUGGUGCCCUGGCACGAUGCUAUCGACGCCUACGAGUGGAUUAUGAACCACACGGCCGAAUUGCUUGUCGACACAAGCCAUGUGAUUACAGGAGGCAUCUCGGCUGGCGGUGCCUUGACUGCUGCCAUCAUGCAUCAUGAGCUGCGGAGAUCAAAGGCAACGAGCGAACCGCUGAGACUCAAAGGUCAGGUUCUUUGUGUACCGAGUCUUUGUCACCGGGACCUGUUCCCUUAUCAUCUAUUCGCAGACAAAGAGAGGACUUCUUAUCAGCAGUGCCGGGCCGCGGACAUCCUCUCAAAGCCCCGCCAAGACUUGUUCCAAAAUUUGCUCGGGCUCAAACCGGAGGACUCGCAGUGGAAUCCAUGUCUCGCCGAUGACGAGGAAUUAAAGGGCCUGCCGAAGACGGCUAUACUCGUCUGCGGUCACGAUGUUCUCAGAGACGAGGCGCUACUAUACGCAACCAGGCUGAAGAACUUGGGGUAUGUCGCGGUACAGUCGUCCUAA